AUGGAGGAUGAAAUCUAUCCUCUACAUAGCCUGGAUGACACGAAGAGCAACCGCCAAUUCGUCUCCUGGUUGUUGCGCUUCAACGAUGUACUGAACGCUGAAGUGCUUCACGAUGCUCUGUGUCGAUUGCUGGGGCAAACGACUUGGAGGAAACUUGGCGGCCGAUUAAAACAGCGAACCGAUGCGAAGCUUGAAAUUCAUGUACCAAGAGCGUACACCGUCGAGCGUCCAGCCGUGGCAUACCACCACCAGUCCAUUUCCACAACCAACAUAGAUGACCAUGCUCCCGCUCGCUGCUUGCCAAGGGGUUUCAACUCCUCUCGGAUGAAGGCGGACGUCUUGGACAUGGGACAAUGUCCUUUUAUAUGGCCAACUGUCGCUCCGAGCUCCGUGGAAGAAACGAUCGACCGAGACAUGCCGCUCUUAUCCAUAAGAAUCACAACAUUCAAGGACGCCACGCUAGUAUCUCUCUCCUGGCCGCAUGUUGUCAUGGAUGCUAUGGGUGCGAGAACACUCCUACACUGCUGGUCGCUCGUGCUUUUGGGAAAAGACAGGGAAGUGCCCGUUAUUUCGGGAACAAAUGACGAUGUUCUGUUACAGGAGGCACAACAAGUGGACUCGAACGAGGUUUUUGCACUCGAGCACAAGCGGCUCACUGGUGCUGGUGAACUAAAGUGGGGCACGAGAUCUUUAUGGGACUCAAAAUUCAACGAGAAACAUGACUUCAGAGCCAUCUGCAUGACGCCCAGAACCAUGGAGAGAUUGAAAGAACGGGUUCGUGGAGAGAUCGCUCACGCACCCAACUCGACUGCAUUUGCAAGCGAGCACGACGUUUUGGUGGCUUGGAUUACGCGAGCAAUAGCGCUUUCAAGGCCGAAGAGUGCGCGCCCCAUGACUGUGGUGUCCCUGUACGACAUACGCUGCCGGCUGCCUACGCUACUCCAAACUACAAGUGUCUAUGUUCAGAACAUGAGUCUCGUAACUUUCACAUUCCUGUCAUCGCAAGCGACGACAGGCUCUUUGGGGUCCAUUGCAGUAGAGAAUCGACGACACUUUGCUGAGCAAACGACCGAAGCACAAACGCUCAAACUGUUGCGAGCAACUCAGAGGGACAUAAAGACGCAAGGAGCCCCUAAACUAUUAUUUGGAGAGUGGAACGCCGAGCCAUUGCUCAUCAACAACCUCACCAAGGCCGGGAUCGUCCAAUCAUGUAACUUUGGCCCAGCUGUCAUACGACAGGGCGAGUCUACAGAGAGAAGGAACAAUCCAAUAGGAACAAUGACGAGCUAUAGUAUUCACGAUCGACCAGCAGGCAGCGCCAACUUCCUCUGGGUGUUGGGAAAGGAUCAUGGCCAGAAUUAUUACAUCAUGGCAAAACUUCGGCCUAAAGUGUGGCAGAGCCUUGAGAAAGACUUGGGUUAA